CUUGCAUCCGAACAUUGAAGCCGAUGUUGUUAUGAGGAUGAGGAUACUGAUACUGGUGUUGAAGAUGUUAAUCUUGCGAAAGAGUUGGCAAAUGUGAGUAACUUCGAGAAAAUUUACACUUCGAGUGAAUUUAGUCCUUUGGAGAGCCACCGUCGGGUCGGAUGGACAGCACGCUCUAAUCUCUGAUUUGAUGGCGCAUACCUCUCUAGGCCUCCAUGGCCGCAGUAGCUUGGAACAACAGAAGGAAAACCUAGAGAGCGCGAUGGCUAAGGCUAUUCACGAACGAGAUGCUACCAGCAUCGGCAGAAUGUCAGAGGCUGUCAGGGUAUGAAAGGAGGAAUAUGCAUAGGCUUGAGGAUAACAAAGUACCCACUAUCACUAAGACCAUUCAACUAAGUACAUCGUAGCACUUCGGCUAUGCUUUAUCCUUACAACUGGACUCCGAAUGAUCAUUCAGUACUAUUGCACUCUCAUCCAAAGACCUCCUGAACAGUGCGAAUUUGAUGGUGGCGAUAGGUGCUCCAGCAACGAUACGUGAGGAGUUGGUGCGCGCUGCCUUAGCCUUCGAUAGAGAACGUAUCGGUGCCGACGAUUCCAGAAAUGCGCCGUUCCUGUAUGGGCUUUGUUGAGGUAAUGUAGAAGUUAGUAAAGAAGAACUUGAGAAAAACAGAACCUGAAACUUUCAGUCAGUAGUGGGGAAUGCUUAUAACACAUCUACAUUUAAAUAUAAUAGACGUCAUGAUUUUACGUACGAUCUUUCAACUAGACAGAAGUUUUACUCUGUAGACUCACCUCUUCUUCUUUUUCUUCAUACUCCCGACCGCCUAGAGCUGGCACGUGCACGACUCGUUUCCGAGCUCCGAGAGUGGGCGAGGUUACGGCCGUACUCGCGACUAGGCAAGCUGUGCAAUGAGCGCGAUUGGGACACGACACCCGUAACCGAUUUCGUCUCCUAUUCGAAGUUGGAGCCUUUGCCGUCUUUGAGAGGACAGCUGACGAUGCCUGGCGGGAGUAGUGGUAGUAGUUUUGGGCAGCAUGGAAACGGAAAGACGAGUACACAGCAUGGAACUACAGAGCCUCCAGCGUUAUCCGACGACUUAGAACGCGCACCUGCUCUAUCUUCAGGCAACGUAGUCCAAGCUUCAGAAAACGACCUAGGUCUUGAGCUUCUCUCCCUCGCGAAUGGUCUCUACAGUUCUGCUAUCAUGCUAACGGACGACUCCAGAGGAAUGAACAACAGUGCACCUGCACUGGGCAUAGACCUGUUGACACCUCAGUUCUUGAAGCCAGGCAGUGUCUGUGCCAAAGUCGUACUGCAACGUUUGCUGAGACAGGGUUGCGGCUACGUGACGCAAGGGAGCAAGGAUGAAUACUUGGUGACAACACUCGACGAAAAAAGUUGUUGGUGUGAUCUACAGGGACACCAUUUGGCAGAGGCAAACGCAAAUAGUAGAAAAAAGUCAUUAACGCCGGUUGUGACAGAGGAGCAACGACGGAGGACGAAAUUAUGGUCAGCUCAAUACCACUGUCACUCCUUUCACUAGUAAGAUCCUUUUUUCAGCAUGCGAAGUGUGUUAUACCUUUCAAUUUGGAAACACUUCCAACCUCUAAUUUGUCGCAUAAAAGAUCUGUCUCGUCUCUUGCGAAUGGCUGAGCGUGAAGGAUUUUUCUUUCAAUUCGCCAUCAACGUCGAUGUCCCAGCGUCCAUCGAGACCCUCCGCGCUUAUCACACGGCAUCGAAUGGGAGCAGUUGGGUCGGUGACAAUCUAGAAAAAAUGUGGCUAGAUCUAUUGUCGGAUGGAUUGUUUUUUGUGUUGCAGUUGUUCAUAUUGGUUCCUAGUAAAGCUGCUGCUGGAACUGGCACUGGUGGUGCUGGUCCACCAGGAGGAGCGCCGAAGAAAAAGACAGAGGGGAAACAGAACACUCCUGGUACGACUGGUA